AAGCGAUGAACAUGCUUGACGAAACGCUCCCGAUUAGACUACACUUGAUAGCUUUUGAACCAGUGCUACUAUCACAAGGUUCAGCUUCUAUGUUACAAAGAUACCGGCACCUUGCUGCUAACAAAGCCAUACAUGGCUGCUAUCUCCAAACCGAACUUGGACAUGGAACAAAUGUUUCGAGAUUAGAGACUACUGCCACCUAUAUCCCGGAGACAGACGAAUUUGAUAUUCACUCUCCUACAUUGACAAGCAGAAAGUGGUGGAUCGGGGCAUUAGGGAAGACUGCUACUCAUGGUGUAGUUCAGGCUAAACUUAUACUUCCUGGAGGCAAAGACGUUGGCCCACAUCUGUUUUUGGUGCAAUUGAGAUCUUUAGAGGAUCAUCGGGUAUUACCAGGGCUCACAAUCGGUGACAUAGGCCCGAAGGCCCUAGGGGGUAAUGCCUCGAACGACAAUGGAUUUGCCAGCUUCAAUCAUGUAAAGAUACCAAGGGAUAAUAUGCUCUCAAGGUUUGCCCAAGUGACGAGGGACGGGCAAUAUGUGAAACCUCCCCAUGCUAAGCUGAGCUAUGGAGGGAUGCUCUACAUUCGAUCAAGCAUGGUAAUCAGUGGAGGCUGGACUAUGGCUAAAGCGGCUACAAUUUCAAUUCGAUAUACCACUGUACGUAGGCAAGGAGGUGGGGAUGUCGACGGACUCGAACGUCAAGUUAUAUCAUAUCCAUCAACCUUCUACAGGCUUCUUCCCAUUUUAUCGCGUGCAUAUGUUUUUAUUCUGCUAGGACAACGGAUCACUACGGCUUUUAACGAGAUGUCAUCACGUCUGGCGUCAGGAGAUGCUUCCCUGUUACCCGAGAUACACGCGACUACAGCUGGACUGAAGAUACUGGUCUCUACGACAGGAACUGAGGAUUUAGAAACGGCUAGACGAUCUAUGGGAGGACACGGAUAUAGUGCUUUCUCUGGCCUUGGUCGCAUUUACGCGGAUUAUGUUCCAAGCGCGACAUAUGAAGGGGACAAUUUUGUCCUUGAUGGACAAGUCAUUCGCACAGCACUGAAGUCAUACAGCAAUAUAUAUUCAACAAAGACAUCGUCCAUGUCAAGUCUAUCGCCCUUUUCCAGUUAUCUUCGCCUCUGCCAUUCAACGAAGCCCCCUCAAAUAACUAAUUCGUCGACAUGGGACGAUCUCGCCAGUGUCAUUUUACUACUUGAAUUGCGUGCUGCUUUUGUUGUCAGGGACUUUGCGCGCAACCAAGGUGAUGACGAUGCAAGCGCAUCUCAAAGAGUAUCUAGAGCCGUUGUAGAUGCGUUCGUCGCGACACAAAUAGGCCACAUUGUCAAAGACCUUCACAUCCUCAAUCUCGAGAAACGAGUCAUCAGUGACCUUUUGCGUCUUUAUCUCCUGACUACAAUUGAAUCGAAUUUAGUCGACUUUUUAUCAUUCAAUAUUCUUCCUCGCGGGGAGUCUGGUGAUCCCGCUCGUAGUCUUCGAUUGUCCAUCCGAGAUCUAUGCUUAGAGCUCCUUCCCAACGCGAUCGGUCUCACCGAUGCCUUUGGGUUCUCGGACUGGGAAUUAAACAGUGCUCUUGGUGUCUAUGAUGGUAACGUGUACGAGGCGUUGUGGAAACGGGCACAAGAAGAACCCCUGAAUAAGGAUGAAGUGACACUUGCUUAUGAGGAGAGCAUCAAACCAAUGCUGCAACGUGGCCACAAGUUGGCUUUGCGAGGUCGUAGUAAACUUUGUAGGCUGUUGUGUAUCGCAACUUCUACAAUAAAUCUGAUUAUUUAAGUAUCAUGUAUUGAAAUAUCUCUGUUGUACCCAAUACCGUUUUCCGAGUCUUUAUCCCCUACCACAACUUUCUCAAACCGCUCUUAUUAUCGAACUGGCUUUUACUAUGCUACGCCCGGCUAUUCAUGCA